AAAGUGGAGGAGGAAGAAGAGACAGGAGAGAGAGAAGAGGAAGGGGAGGAAGAAGAGAGAGAAGGGAAGGAGGAUAUAGAAGAGAAAGAGGAAAAGGAAGAUGGGGAGAGAGAAGGAAAAGCAGAGAACGAGGAGGAGAAAGCACCCGCCCUAGCCGCUUCUCGCGCAAGGCGGUCCGUCGAGACGCGUACCUCGGCUGCCGCUGCUCUUCAUUCCGAGAACGAGAGCGAGUCCCUUGGGUGCUCCGGUGCCCUCGACCGCCACCCCUCGGGAGGUGUAGACGCAGGCGAGGGAGGUGGCUCUCGGCGCCGUGCUUUCGGAGGGGAACGGUGUGGCUGCCGAGGGGGAUCAGGGACGCCACAGUCAGAGAGCAAACUCGGAUCAGCCAGCGCGCUUUCCGAGGCCCGGGGAAGCCAUUGGGAUGACCACGUUCACAGUCGCGAUUCCCAGGCCGACACAAGACCGGACGACCGACUCGGAGGCGAUUUGCUGAAACGAGGAGCUAAGUAUGGAACAAAGUCAGAUCAACAGAGUCCGUUCACUGAAUCUGAAACUCGUCGUUCUCGUUACAGAGACAGACCAGCUGACCCCAAAAUUCUGUACAGGGACGAAAUCUCAAGUCAGAACCAGCCUCAGUGUCAUGAACCUGAGUUUCCUGAUCCGCAUGACGAUUCGGAACGCCAGAACCCCGAGCAUGGUGGUGAUUCUGAUGGCGACGAGUCCCGGAAUCGACAAUCGAUGAGUGAGGACGUCGAGCAUCGUCAAUCGCUGUGUGAAGGGCCUGGAUAUAAGCAGCGUUACGAAAUUAGACAAUUACAGUUCGUCGAUGAUUACUUUCAUGACACAGGUGCUCAGCAUUUCCACAGUGACGGUGACUCCUUGUAUCAAGAACUCUCAGGCGAAGAAAAAUGUACAUACCACCAAGCUCAUCUUGAGGGCAUCGGACACGAAACGCCGGAAUACGUAGACUCCGAGGAUUGUACAGAUUAUAGUGACUAUUUGCAUCGACGUACAUCCUCUAAUGCUGACACGAUACGCCGACAGCUUGAUAAAGUCCGCGAAGAGCUAGAAUCCGAGAGUGACACUCCCGAAGACCAGAGAUCGGAAUCCGGUAGCUCCGAGGACGUCGCGCAAGUCGGUGAACGCCGACGCCCCUACAGUUUCUCGAACAGGAGCACGAAAUGCCAGCAGAACAGUGUGGAAUUCAGGGAUCGGCCGCCCUUUGCCGAGGAGUCUGUGGCUCAAACAUUUGAGUAUAGUGGCUCUGAUUGUGAUGAACUUACAUAUCAUGUUAAAGAAUCAAGUAGCAAAGACUCUGAUGAAAAUUUUAGGAAUGAAACUUCUGCAUAUGAUGAAUUCAUGGACGACACAGAGGAUGAAUAUUUUCUAAAUUGUUCCUGGAAUGACAGCAGAACGAAAAAAAAGCAGAAUGGUGACCAACUUGAAGUGCAAACGUACAAGCACAGUGAGAGCAAAACUACAGAAAAUCAGAGCCAGAAUACAAGUGACAGGUCCAUAGAGACUAGACUUGUCCUCAACUCGAAAUACAAUCAGAGGGGACUGAUUGAGGGAUCUGCAGGUAACUAUAGAGUGCAGACGAACACAGCAAAGAAGGCAGUCGGUCCCAUCCCUAAAAUUUUACUGACUAGAAAUGUGGAGGUGACAACAGCUCGGCCACACAGGAUUCUGUCCAAUUCUGGGAUCCUGGAGGUUGAGAGCGACAAGAUCGAAGGCGGCAAGGCUAAAGUUUUCUUCCAUAGGGACGUGCUCUACCUCAAUCAGAAGAAAGUUGAAGACGAGAAGCCCCUCUCGAAACUUCUGAAGAAGAAGCGGAAUCAACCGUGGGGCUGCGUGGCGCGGGCCUUCCCCACGAAGAAAAACGGCGACUACAAGAAGAUCACCGGCGUUGAAGUCCAGCUGAUAGCCAGCCUGGUGUGUGGGACAAACCUUCGCCGGCCGACGUCAAACUGA